CUUCCACUCCCGCGGUGGAGGCCGCAUACCUCCUUAGGAUGCAGUGUAGACCUGUCCAUUGGCUGGCAGACACCGGUUGGUUCUUUUCAGUCCGAAACGACGGACGCCGGUGAGACCGCGAGGAUAGAGAGACACGGUCCUUUCCUCGGCUCUCUCUCUCUCUCUCCUCUUCGUCGUCCUUUUAGUUACCUUUUAGUUACCUGUCCGCAUGUGCGUCAUGCGGAUCCGACGUGGUUUCGCGUUCGAGUGAAUACGCGCAUCGUGGUGGCGGGAAUAUAGCACGUGCGGUGUCGUGACACGAUGAGGUGAUAACGCGUUGUGCUUGCCAGCGCGGGAUCUUGCAGUGACUUUGGAAGGUGACGAUGUGGACGAUUUUACUGCUACUGGUCUCCACGUGGUCUUCGUCAUGGGGUCAGGUGAUAAACAGGGCGCCCCACUUCAUUCAAGGCGGGGACAUGGCCAGGUUGGCCGUGUCGGAAGGCACACCAUCUGGUGCUCCUGUUUAUACUCUUCAGGGAGAAGAUCCCGAAGGCUCCAGACUGCAUUACUCCAUCAGUGGCGAGUACUUCACCGUGGACAGGGAGACUGGUGUUGUGAUCCUGAGGAAAGCUCUGGAUAGGGAAACGCAGGAUCUUAUCGAAGUCAUCAUUAGCAUAACGGACGAAGGUAUCGCCGGGUCGGAACCCAACACGGUGUCCCUUCGUCGUGAGAUAGCUGUACUCGACGAGAACGACAAUCCGCCGGUAUACCAUGGCCGGCCUUACGCGGCCAGAGUCCCGGAGAGCGCUCAGGUGGGAGGCUUGCUGCUUCCUUCGGGCACGAUCACGAUCACCGAUCGGGACGGUGGCGUAAACGCCGACGUGCAUGUGCAAUGCGUUGCGGCGUCGCGGGACGACGACGUCUGCGAGGUCUUCGACGUUUCCACCGAGAAACUCGCCGAGGGGAGAUACGAUGUGCAGAUUACGCUGGCGAAACCGUUGGAUUACGAGAGGAGAAAUUCGUACUUGAUCAAUCUGCUGGCGGUGGACGGAGCCAGCGACCCGCUGAAGCGGCUGCAGGCCCGAGCAACCGUUGCUGUCGACGUCCUCGAUGUUCAGGAUCAGCCACCCGUUUUCCUGAAUGCGCCCUACAGCGCGGCGCUUCCGGAAAACACCGCAGCUAGUCACACGGUCCUGAUGGUGCGAGCGCGCGACGGUGACACCGGCGAGCCGAGGAACCUGUUGCUGACGUUGGAGGACGAGGACGUAGGCCACUUCGACCUCGUGAUGUCCCGCGACGGCGAUGUCACGGUCGGCCGGUUGGUCACGACCAACAUAUCCCUGGAUCGUGAGGACCCCAGGAUACUGCAGAACGGCGGCAUUUACACCUUCCAAGUCAGAGCCACCGAGUUGAUCAACAAUGAGAUUCCGGCUGACUCCGCGACGUCGGUCGUGACAAUCGUAGUCACGGACGUGGACGAUCUCGUGCCGGUAUUCAACGAGGAUUUCUUCAGCAUCAAGAUCUCCGAGGAUAUUGGAAAGGACACUCCACUACCAGGUCUGAAUAUGAUUGUAAGCGACGGUGACGUGGGCGACAAUGCGAAGUAUUUCCUGGCACUGCGAGAUGUGCCGAGGUAUCCUGGAAUUAGCAAGGCAUUCACUGUCAGUCCUGAAGAGGCUCAGGGUCGUAUGCCGGUUGUGAUCAAGGCUAAGGACGUCAACGUUCUCGACUACGACGUGGACGAUCCCGCAAAGAGGGAACUCGAGUUCGAGGUCGUCGCGGUGGUGGCGAAUAGAGUGGUGGCCGUCUCCAGAGUGCACAUCCAGCUGUUGGAUGCCAACGACCACAGUCCCGAGUUCUCACAGUCGGUGUACAAAUUGUCAGUGACGGAAGACGCGGAACCUGGCACUCGUUUCGGCGACGUUUACGCGAGGGAUUACGACAGCGGCUCCUUCGGCAAGUUGACGUACACGCUACGUGGUUUCGGCGCGGACAAGUUCAGCACCGAUCCGCAGGUCGGUGGCAUAUCCGUGGCGAAGAAACUGGACUACGAGACGCAGAAGUCCUACUCAUUGACGAUGGAGGCGAGGGACGGCGGCGGCCGAGUCUCCGCCGUUAAUAUCCUCAUCGAGCUGGACGACGUCAACGACAACCAGCCGGUGUUCGAGCAGGCGGAGUACUCCAGGACAAUUCGCGAAGGCGCUACCAGCUUCGAUCCGCAACUAUUCGUCAGGGCGACUGACGUCGAUGGGCCGACUCAGGGAAACGGAAGAGUUCUCUAUUCGAUCAGCAGACACAACAGCAUGACGGACGACGUCUUCAAGGUCAAUUCGGUCUCGGGUGAAGUAACCAUGUCGAAGCCAGUUCGCUCCGGUGAUACUGAGAGAGGCAUUUACGAAUUGAUAAUCCGUGCUACGGACACUGGCACACCGCCAUUGUACUCCGAGGCGAAGGUUCUCGUUCGCGUUGGAGUGCCGGGUAACCAGAAACCCAUCUUCCGAGGAAACUACAAGUCGAACUUGCCGGGUCCCAGUACUUAUCGGGCGAGGCUCUUGGAGAACGCCGCUCCUGGAACGGAAGUUAUUCGGGUGGUCGCCAAUGAUCCCGACGGCAGAGACAAUCUGCUCCAAUAUUACAUCGCGUCUGGGUCCAAGGACAACUUUGUCAUUGACUCCAGCUCGGGCAUCAUAACUGUGUCACCUGAUGCUCGCUUGGACCUGGAGACCGGCGGUGACAAGUACGAGGUGAUCGUGUACGCCGUUGAUUCUGGCACACCCGUCAAAGAAACUGCCACUACUACCGUCACAGUGAACAUUAUAGACGUGAAUAAUAAGCCACCGACUUUCAAUGAGUCCACGUAUCAGAUUUACGUUUCGGAACGUGCAGCUAUUGGCGAACCUGUUUUGAAAGUGAUAGCAACUGAUCCCGACGCGGACGCCUAUCUUGAAUACUCUCUGGUGGAACCGAUACGAGCUGUUGACAAGACCGGCGUGGCAUUGAAAAGCACUGCCUCUUAUGAUUAUAAGACUGCUUUUCGCAUCAAUUCUACAAGCGGCUUAAUUACCGUGAACCAGGUGCUGGAUUAUCAAGUGGCCGCCGUCGUGAUAUUAACUGUGCAGGCGCAGGACUUGAACGCCUUCGUCAAUAAGGACGAGCAAGUGGCGAAGGUGGAGGUGACAAUUUACAUUCAAGCCUACAGCGACGACAAUCCGGCGUUCACCAAUCCUGGGUGGUCAGCGAACAAUCCGACGAUCAGAGUUACGGUUCCGGAGGAGCAGCCGUUGGGCACCACGCUGUUGAUGCUGUCGGCGAAAGAGCCGGUAACGGGAUACUCGAUCCAGAGGUUCGAGCUGGUGAGAGAGGACGACGACGAAGGCUACGUCAACGUCGGUGUUCAAAGCGGCAACGUAGUGCUGAACAAGAGGCUGGAUUACGAAGCGUUGAAUCAGAAGUUUAUUCGCUUCAAAGUGCGAGCGCUUGCCAGGGACUAUGAUAUAACGCGAAAGAUGUCGGAGGCCAACGUGAUCGUCGAGAUUCAGGAUACCAACGACAACAGUCCGAUCUUCAAUCAGAAGGACUACAAGAUUUCCGUGUUGGAGUCGGCGAAGUCCUCGAAGAUCGUACUGAAUGUGAUAGCGACUGAUAUGGACAGCUCCAGUACCGAAGAAGAGAUCAAAAGAGGAUACGGCGAAGUACGAUACUCUCUGACUGGCGAGAAUGCGAAUCUGUUCGAGGUGGACCCCAUAAUGGGCAACAUCCAGAUUGCCGCAAACACGACUCUCGACAGAGAGAGGCAGUCGGUCCUGCGUUUCUACGUCGUGGCGUCGGACGUGCCGCAAGGUGGAGCCGAACAACGAAGCAGUCGAGUUCUGGUGACAGUCGACGUCAUCGACGUUAAUGACAACGAGCCCAGCUUCGAGCAGGAAUCCUACACGGCGGUGAUCCCUGAAAACGCGCCGGUGGGAAUCAGCGUGGUGAACAUCACCGCUACUGAUCCCGACGAAGGCGAAGGCGGGACGAUCCACUAUGAGAUUGUCGACGAGGGUGAAGCUAACGGGCUGUUCAAAAUAAAUCACACGACUGGCGAGAUCUACUCGGCGCGAGCAUUGACGGGCAAAGGGAGGACUGAGCCCUACAACAUGCGAGUGCGAGCGCAAGACAACGGCGAGCCGGUCUUGUUCUCAGACGUGGAUCUGAUCUUGUACAUCGGCGACGUAGUGAGCAACGACGGCGUGCCGCUGUUCAUCCGGCCGACGUUGGAAGAGGUGGCCUACAUCUCCGAGAACUCCACCGUCGGCAGCCCGGUGUUCCAAGUGGUAGCGUCCGAUCCCGACGACCCGAACCUGCCGAAUGGCAGGAUCACCUUCCGCUUUCUGGAGGACGGUAAUUUUGGCAAAGACGCGAGCGCCUUCAGGAUCAACGGCGAGACCGGCUUGAUCAGCACCCGCAAGCUGCUCGAUCGCGAGGCCAAGGACAGCUACACGCUGAUCCUGGUGGCGCAGGACCUCGGCGACCCGCCGCAGCAGGCCACCAGAGUGCUGCAGGUGAUCGUAAACGACAUUGACGACCACAAGCCGCACUUCAAAAGGAGCCUGGACAGUCCGCCGAUCGAGCUGAGCGUGCUGGAGGAGACGCCGCUGGGUACGAAGGUCGGCGUGAUCGAGGCGAUCGAUGAGGACAUCGGCGAGAACGGAAUGAUCGACUACGAGAUCGUGUACGGGAACGAGGCGAGGUUGUUUUCGGUGCAGCGGCUCGAGAACAACUCCGCCGUCAUCAGGUCGAACGGCCGUCUGGAUCGAGAAACCGCGGAGUCCCACUUGCUGACCGUCAAGUGCUUCAAGUACACCUCGAGGCGAAUGGACAUAGUGCCGAAACCGUACAACAGACAGGAUCCCUCGGAGAGACAAGUGCUCGUCAGGGUGUUGGACGUCGAUGACAACAAGCCACGCUUCAAGAAGGACAACGUGACUCUGGGGGUUCGUUUGAACGUGCCUAUCGACACCAGCUUGAUUACUCUGGAGGCCGACGAUAUCGACUCCAGCGCGUUACCCAUCAACUACAACAUGAGCAAGGUCUCCUUCACGUCCUUGGUAGAUUCGUCCAUGUCGCAGAAGGAGAUCCCGUCGCAGUUGUCCUUGAACGUGCGCACCGGCGAGCUCAGGACGACCGGCUCGAUGGCGGGCUACGCGGACGGCUUCAUGGAGAUGAUCGUGUCGGCGAACAACUCGGCGACGCCGGGCCGAGAGACGAACAUCACCGUGAGAAUCUUCUUGCUGCGCGAUCGCGACAUGCUGAAGUUCGUGUUCUCGAAGCCGCCGGUCGAGGUGAGGAAGACGCUGGAGGACUUCGAGAGGGCGGUCCAGCAGGCACUCUCGCUUCCCAUCAGCGUCAACGUCUACGACACGCAGUUCUACUCCAAGGAGGACAACUCCUUGGACUUUUCGUCCACCAGCUCGUGCUUCCAGAUGGUCGGCAAGGAGUCCUACGACUUGGACGAGAUGAGAGUGCUGUUGACCGACCCGAAGAACGAGGAGCUGAAGAAGGUGUACAGCGCGUACCAUGUAGAGAAGGUGCAGCACUGCGCCGCGUUGGUAGCGCGUGCUGACGCCUCCAUGACACAGAUGUGGGUCCUGGCGAUCGCCGUCCUCGUCGGGAUCGCCACCAUCGUCUCCAGCUGCGCGCUGUGCUGCAUGCACGCAAAGUAUAAACGGCAGGUAAAGCAUGCGCGUUUGCGCGAUCAACCGCGACCGCCACUCAGUUACGUGUCUUCCGGCCCAGCAAUGGUCAGUGCUGGGUCUCACACGACUCUGGGUCCCGGUACAAUGGUGACACUGGGCCCGCACGAGGGCCCGUACGAAUGGGGAGCCGAGACGACGCUUUAUCAUCCAAGCACGCUGGGCUCCAGAACGUAGAACGGGAUGUAGAAAGAUCUGCGGAUCUAUGAGCUACGUCGACUCUUCUUUAACGAAAAUUCGUAUGAGAAAUUGAGAAAAAAUUAAUGAUUGAACGAUUGUGUUGCAACGAAGUUUUAUGUAGGGUUCAACUCGCUCGUUGCUUCUCUCGAGAUGUCCAUUGUCAAAAGUAAUGAGAAAGGAUGAAAUUGCUGAUGGAAGAAAAUCGACCAGAGACUUUCUGAGACGCGGUACCCUGACAGAGUUCUCUUUGAACCCAGUGAAUCUUGAAGACAACCAGUGCUCUCUGAUAUUAAGAGGUUGUAUCGGGAGAUACAACAGAACUGUCAACAGAACUGUGUAAUUUAUGAACUUGCAGUUGGGGAACGAAGCGAAUCGAUGGUGCUAUAUUUGUAAUAUAAAAAGUGCCGUGCUGUUAUAGAUGGGAGAUAUAUGAGACGUAUGCGAUGCGGAAGCUUGUGAAGUUUCCAAGGCUCACGUCAAAAUCUAUGAGGGACGCUUCCAGACUUGUCCUUAUAAGAGACGUUUAGAUAGCCAGUCCCGUUGAUGACGCGCGUGUAAUUGUUCUCACGUACGUCAUCGCUCGAUGUAAACAAGAUCUCGCUUUCUACCUGCCAUUCAGGCCGUCAAGGCACGAAUGGCUUAGCUCACAUGUCUCGGAUCAUCUUGAUUUGAUGGAUGAAAUUUCACGAACUUCCGCGUAGGCUGAUGAAGCAAUACACGGUUUGUAAAGUACAACUGUGUUCUUGUAAGUAAUUUUUUAUAGAUUUACUAACCGCGAGAUUGUAUAUUUUAUUUAGACGACGGUUCUGCGGUGUUAUUAUUGAACAAAAAACCGCACGCGCAAUUGUGUUGUAAUAUAAUACCGUAUUUAGGACGAAAUAAAAAAUUGUACAUUUCAUCGUAUUUAUAAACGACAAUAUAUGUAUAUCUAUAAGUGUGUCGUGUAAUUUAGUUUAGUCUUUUUUUGGAGAUUUUUUAUGUAUAUAUUACAUAGAAAUUAUUUUUCGAAUGAAUCAUCCAGGUAAGUAUAUGUGCCAAUAAAACUAUAAAUUGCAUAA